UAACAUAUAUCCCUUAAUUAAAAAGUGUUUAGUUUUGUUGAGUAACAAUGGAGCAUAUGAUGAUGAUGAUGCCAGAUCAUUUAAUGUUUCGACCUGAUGUAACAAUUUUGUUCAAGGGUUGGAAAUCUAAAAAUUCUGGUGAAAUGGCUGCAAGUUGUUUUGCACUAAUGGUACUUGCUAUUAUGCAUGAGGCUGUAAAGUGUUUAAGGGAAACUCUAAAAAAUAACGAAAAGCCUGAAAUGUAUGAAGUUCUACAAAAAGAGCAAAUGUACUUGUUGUGGUCUCCAAAUAUAUUAAGAAAAAAAAUUUUUAAUCUUCUUCAUCUUACUCAAACAUUGCUACACAUGGUCCAAAUGACUCUUUCAUACAUGCUUAUGCUUGCUGUUAUGACUUACAAUGCAUGGUUAUUAAUUGCAAUACUUAUAGGAAGUGCUAUUGGCUACUUUAUCUUUGCUCAUAAAAAACUUCAGCGACAACUUGUAAAAAUUCCUAGUUUUCCUGAUGCUAUUCGGGUUUAAAAGUUGCUGAUGUUGGUGUUGACGAAGAAGCUUUAACGUCGACAACGAGCUUUAACGUUGACGAAGCUUUAACGUUAAAAUGUUAAUUUGUUGAUGUUAACGGAGAAACUUUGACGUUGAAAUGUUGACUUUUUAAAUAGUUAUUAAAUACAAUUUUUUAAAUGAAUUUUUAUUUUUAAAGAAUUUUUUUAGUGUAA